UCUCCCCUCCGUCCUCACUCCCCCUCCCCCUCUCUCCUUCCCUCCUCUCCAACCCCCUCCAGCCGGCGCGGCCUUGCUGUUGACUUUGCGUUGGCGCCGCACACCGCGGCGUCCUGACUCCUGCCGCACGCCCAACGUCGCGUCACGGGCCCCGGCUGCAGGCGGAGGAGCUGUCCGAUCCCGGGCAGCCAGGGAGGCCAAGCCUGACCCGCAGGGCCGUGUGUUUGGGAGGGUUCCCCCUGGCUGCCGAGAAGUCCCACUCUACUGUAAAAUGCAUCACCGCAGAUCUCUAUUCAAAUGGAGCCUGCUUUUUCCGGGCAGAAAAGUGCUGGGGUCCACAUUGAUGCACAGACAAUUGCAGCGGACCAUACAUGAAUCCUUGCCACCCAUGCACUCCAAGUGCAAUGACCUACUGCAACCAAGGCGGAGGAAGCUUCACUUGGCGGCUAUUUGCAGAAACCGAGAGGUGGAAUUCACAAGUACGCAGUAUGAUGUGCAGCGUUCAUCAUUUGCUACUGUCACGAAAGAAGACUUGCUGUUCUUUGAAUGUCUACUGCCAGGCCGUGUGGUGACCGAUCCUGAUGUAUUGGAAGCGAGCAAUGUAGACUGGCAACGGAUACUACGAGGUCAGAGCCAAGUAUUAUUGAGGCCUCAGACAACUGAAGAAGUUUCCCAGAUCCUCAGAUACUGUAACCAGCAGAACCUGGCUGUGAACCCUCAAGGUGGCAACACAGGAUUAGUAGGGGGGAGUGUGCCAGUGUUUGAUGAGAUCAUUGUCUCAACAGCUCAAAUGAAUAACAUCAUCAGUUUCAACACCAACUCUGGAGUUCUGAUCUGCCAGGCAGGCUGCAUUUUGGAAAAUUUGAACAACUAUCUUGAGGAACAAGAUUUUAUGAUGCCCCUUGACUUGGGAUCAAAAGGUAGCUGCCACAUUGGUGGGAAUGUGGCCACCAAUGCUGGUGGAUUGAGACUGUUGAGGUAUGGCUCUCUGCGUGGGACAGUACUUGGACUGGAAGUGGCACUUGCAGAUGGAACGAUCUUGAACUGUCUAACAUCACUUCGCAAAGACAACACAGGCUAUGAUCUUAAACAGCUUUUUAUUGGAUCUGAAGGAACUCUUGGGAUAAUCACAGCUGUGUCCAUCUUGUGUCCAAGGAAGCCAACCUCUGUCAACGUAGUUCUUCUAGGUUGUGAUGAUUUUGACAAACUCUUGGACAUAUUCAAGGAAUCCAAAGGCAUGUUGGGUGAAAUUCUCUCUGCAUUUGAGUUCAUGGAUUACGGAUGUAGAGAGAUUGUCUACGAGCAUCUAAAACUGACAAAUCCAUUACGAGAGGCACCAUUUUACAUCUUGAUAGAAACAUCGGGAUCCAACAAUAAUCAUGAUCAGGAAAAGCUAAAUUGGUUCCUGGAGAAGAUCAUGAACUCUGGUCUGGUGACCGAUGGCACUAUAGCAACCGAGGAAAAUAAGAUAAAGGCAAUCUGGGCUCUGCGGGAACGGAUUGCUGAGGCACUGGUUCGUGAUGGCUACGUAUAUAAAUAUGACAUCUCAUUGCCACUGGAGAAAAUCUACGCGAUCGUCACUGAUAUGAAGAGGAGACUGGGGGAGAGGGCAAAGCGUGUCGUUGGCUACGGGCACCUAGGUGAUGGAAACUUGCAUCUGAAUAUUGUAUCUCAAGCACAAGAUCAGCUGCUUCUAGAUAACAUUGAGCCCUACUUGUAUGAAUGGACAGCUCAGCAUUAUGGAAGCAUCAGUGCUGAGCAUGGCUUAGGCUUUAAGAAGAAAGACUUGAUUUAUUUCAGUAAGCCCAGGGUGGCAGUGCAGAUUAUGCAGCAAAUGAAAACAAUUCUGGAUCCAAGGGGGAUUUUAAAUCCCUAUAAAACCCUGCCGUCCUCCAGCCAGUGAAAUCACGUCAAUAGCAAAGAUUUCACUAGGUAUUUUACCUGCAAAUUCUAAUAACUUUGGUUAUGCUUAUGUUUGAUAUCUUGAUCGUAUGUUUAUGGUUGUCAAGGUGGGAAAUAUCUGCUGGACCACGUGUAACUCGGUUACACACACAGUAAAGCUCCCCUCUCUCUCAAAGCUGUUGCAGUAAGCUCACAGCUCUGUUGGUUGUUACUCUAUGUAUAACCAUCCUUGGAACAGUGCUUUGUUGAUCUGUUCCUGCAGAACCCAGGGAAGAACAAACUCACUACCUUGGUUGUUCAACUAAUAAGCUCUGUCAUUCUAACAUAAUGUUUCCAUUUAAAGCAAAAAAAGGAACCUGUGUCUAUAGACACACAGAUGCUGUUUGACUGGCUGAGUUCUUUCAACAUUUCUAUUUUUCUUUCAGUGCUUAUUUUGUGUUUUUAUGGGCUUUGUGUUGGUUAUAUUACGACGAUGUCUUGCUGAGGGACUGCUUGUCAAAGUGGAUUUAAUUUAACACCAGGCUGCCUGAGGCUCCAUUGACUUUGGUAGGGCAUAUGCAGGUUCUGAAACUGGGUACUUGCUUUAUAUGAAAACAGCUGCUUGAAACACUCAGCAGGUCAGGCAGCAUCUGUGGAAAGAGAACCAAUUAACAUUUCAUGUCCAGAUCCUUUACUAGCCUGCAUAAAGAUGGCACGGGGGUAUUGAUCCAUGGUGACAAUCGUUCCUCAACACGAGAUGCUGCAGAUGCUGGAAAUUUUGACAAAUGCACAGAAAAUGUUGGAGCAACUUGGCAAAUCAGGCAUCGUGUAUGGAGUGGAAUCAACAGUCGAUGUUUAGGACUGAGACUGUUCAACAGGAUAUGAAAGUCUCAGCCCAAAAUAUAGACUGUUUAUUCCCCUCUUUGGAUGCUGCUUGACUUGCUGUAUUGUGUUUGACAACCUGUCCUUGGCGUGAAUACACUUGUCCUUUGGACCCACGGGUUUGACUGGUAAAUGGCGCAGGUAGAGACAGAGACAGCUGCCACACAGCUUCGGUGUAAUUCUGACCUCGAGUGUUGUCUGUGUCGAGUUUGGACAUUUCCCUUGUGGGUUACUGUCGGUAGCUCCACGCCCCAAAGACAUGGUGGUUGUUGGGUUAAUUGGCGUCUGUAAAUCAUCUCUAGUGUAAGUCGAUGGUGAAUCAAUCAGGCUGGAAUUGAGAGGCAUGUGAAAGGGGAACUGAGUGGGGAAAUAGUAGACUGAGAGGCAACAUAGACCCUGGCUGCCUUUUGUGUGUGAGAAAUGUCAAAGUCUGGGCUCCUGGUCUGGACUGUACUUCCUGGAGCACUGCUGUUCUGUGCCUAAGGCCCUCCUUUAACUUGCCAUGUUUUUCUUUCAGUGCUCCUCCUCAUUGCCUCUUACUGAUGAAGCUGCAGCUCAACAAUUCAGGAACAACUUCUUCCCCUCUGCUGUCAGAUUUUUAAAGUGUACAUGAACCAUUGAACUCUGCCUUGCUGUUUUUUCUGUACUAUUUAUUUAUUUUGUAAUUUGUUAUGUCUUUGCACUGUGCUGCUGCCACAAAACAAUUUAUGUCCUACGUAAAUGAUACUAAACCUGAUUCUAUUGAAUUCUGAUGGAAUUGGCUGAGGAGAAAACCAGUAGGAUUCUCAGAUAAGGCUGGAGGUAGAAAACUGCAGGGGCUUCAACCUUUCCAAACAUAUGAUCUUCGGAUUUGUGUAAGUGGGUAGAUCAGCAAAAUUGUUAUGACUGGAAUUUAAACAGCAGGAGAGUAUACCAAAUUAUAAGGGGCUUAUAUAGACUAGUGGUAGGAAACAUUUCCCCAUAAGAGAGGCAUCUAAAGCUGGAGGGCAUAGGUUCGGGGAGGGGUAAAAGGGUUAGAAGAGAGGUGUGUGGAGGCAGAGACUCACAACAUUCAUGGAUCAAGAUGAGCUCUUGAAUCAUCAAGGUAUAGAAGGCUGUGGACCAACUAUUGGUAAAUGAGAUUAUUAUAACUGGGUACCCUAUUUAUUAUUCCUAUGUGCACUAUUUGCUCCGUUUCAUGCAGACAAGAAAUGUAACUGCACCCCAGUAUUUACGACAGGAAACUAAUCUAACCUAAUACUUGAUAUCAGUAUGCACGUGGUGUGUCAAGGGAACUGCUGUGCUGUAUAACCUCAGGAUAAUUCAACACUAUGCUGCUAGUAGUUCGGGUUGAGGAGUAAAUUCAAUAUGUAUAUUCUCUUUAUUUUCAUAAUAAUUUGGUAACAAAUUAAAAUGAUUGUG